GUUAGUUUGAUGAGGCUCGGAGGAAACCCAUGAUCGCAGACACACUUCGCAUCCUCACACCACUGACCCGGGCUUCUGUGUCCUGCAUGGGUGAGCGAGUGUGUGUGUGAGUGUGUGACGGGGAGUGUGUCUGAUCCCGAACCAGCAGCAGGAUGGAGGAUCUCCAGGACAAUCUGGAAUGUUGGAUUAACGCUCGGAAUAACGCGCGCUCGGCCUGAACACCAUCGGGGUUUCUCCUACAUCUUCACAUGAACACACUUGGAUGUUGUCUGUUUCUACGCUUUCCCCUUUUCUAGACCCUAGGAUUUUACACUUGGCUUUAAACUAUCAUUCAAAAUGCCUUUCGCCAAGCGGAUCGUGGAGCCCUCGCUUCUGUGCAGGUACCACAUCCCCAACGACGAGGGUCUGCUGUUCGAGGACCUGUGUGAGAUCAGCAACGUGGUUCUGUCCCGGACCCUGCGACAGCUGUCCGACCUCGCUCGACACGCCUGCUCCUUGUUCCAGGAGCUGGAGAACGACAUCAUCAGCACCAACCAGCGAGUCUGGCUCCUCCAGAACAAACUAGGCCAGCUGCAGCAGUCGACCAAUGCCCUGGACCCCAAAAAGGAGGCAGUGCCGGUUUCAAACCUGGAUAUAGAGAGCAAGAUAUCAGUCCACUAUCAAUCCUCGUGGCACAAGCAACACAAUGUGUUUCAUCCGUGUACGAGACCACCAUGUCUGGAGGAGUUGCAUCGAAAUGCUCAAUUCACUCUCCGAGCUUUACAUCGAGAUGAAAACCAGCAGUCCACAGGUCGGGAGAAGAACAGAGUGACCAUCUCAAUUUCUGUAGCACCCCCUAUUCCCACCUUCCCAUCACCACAUACCAUUCGUAGGCAGCAAAGAAGUCGACUGGCGCGAGCGCAAGAGAGAGCGGAGAGGGAGCGGGAGUUGGACUAUCAACCCAGGAAGGAGAGAACAGUGAGGGAGACAGAGAUCCAGACUAUACAAAGAAAAGAGAGACCAGUGAGAGAAGCAGACACGCAGUCAAUCCAAAGAAAGUUUGAGUGCUUUUACUCACUACAUCCAAUUGAAGGAUGUACCUUCAUUCCAUGGAAUAGAAAGGCUGCCUCAACAGCAGAAGAUGAUGAUGAGGUUGCUGAGGACACGAGAGCCAAAGUCUCAUCGCCUGAGGCCUCCUUGACCAAGGACAAGCAGAUAAACAGGUCCAAGGAAAAUCCAGAAUCAUCAGACCUGAAGGCAAACUCGGAUUCUCACGGCGUCUCCUCCUGCAUUAUCCCCAUAAAUGUCACAGGCGUGGGCUUUGACCGUGAAGCAAGUGCCCGUUGCUCUCUUGUCCAUUCCCAGUCGGUUCUUCAAAGGAGAAGAAAGUUGAGGAGGAGAAAAACAAUAACUGGGAUACCAAAACGAGUGCAACACGACAUGGAUUCAGAUGAAUCACCAGUGGCAAGAGAGCGGACUGUGAUUCUCCAUGCCAACCCACACCAGCUCUCCCUGUAUCAGGAAGACCUGUCAAUCAGCGGCCACCACACUCGGGAUUCUGGCUGCCAGACAGAUGACUUCCUCAUAGCAUGUACGGCUGCUCCCUCCAGACGACGUAUCAGAGCUCAACGGGGCCAUCAGGGAAUCCCUGCAUCUUUGUCCCAUUCAACGGGCAACAUCUCUUCCCUUGGAGACCAGUCAGAUUCCACUUAUACGAGUAACACAACCCGUGGGGGGCGUUUGCGCUCUCGUAGCCUUCCACGAGAGGGUGGACGUCUAAUGGACAGUGAUGAGGAUGACGAUGACAAUUACGAUGACGAUGACGACGAUGAGGAAUUGUCUCCGUACGAAGCAGAAGACUUUAUUCCAUCAGGCCCCAGUCCGAGGAUGAAGAUGAUGAUGAUGAAAGAUGAAGAGGAAAGUACAGAUGAUCAGGCAGCACCUGGGCCACUGCAGCUUGGCAGCCUUAAACGAUUGCAAAGAUCUGGAGAAAGAGACAGAGGGGUUGUGGGAGGUGGAAGUCCAGAGCACAGCUGGAUGGAAAGGGGGCGCUCUCGUCUGCCAAGGAAGGUUGACAUGGGCAGCUGUGAAAUCUCAUCAAGUUCAGACACUUUCAGUAGUCCCAUUCACUCUGUGUCUACAACAGGAGUACUUGGCAGCCACGUGGACCACAAAGAGGAUCACCAGUCAUCAAGUGGCAAUUGGAGUGGUUCUAGCUCCACAUGCCCAUCUCAAACCUCUGAAACUAUUCCCCCACCUUCCUCUCCACCGCUGACAGGCUCAUCUCAUUGCGACUCUGAGCUGUCACUGAACACUGUGCCCAAUGCCAUGGAUGAGGGAUUCUCACUCGACCCUUCUUACCACUCUGACCUCAGACCUCAAGGCCAGGGCCAGAGGUCAAGCUCAUUCACAUCCUCAGCGACAGACCAGCUUGACGAUGCAGGUGUGAGUACGGCAAGCGAGGGAGAGUGGACAUAUCCACAAGAUCAAGAACACACUUAUCAAGACCAAGACCAUGACCAAGGCCUAGCAUUCGCAAGAGGUUAUGUUGCCAAACAAGGCCUAGAAGAUCAACCAUGUUUCGAUGAAAGCAAGGCCAGUAUCACUGGAAAAGAAACGUAUUAUUCAUCUGACACUGAGGGUUUGUACUCCCUAUCUGUGGACUUAGGGGCGUGUAACCCAUCAUAUAAAAGCUAUACAUACAACUAUGCAGAUACAGGGCCUGCCUGUGGCCAGUUGAACACUGUGGCAGCACCACUACCACACGAAGUACUCCCUCAACAACCUACUGAUUUCACAGCGGGCACCAUGACUUUGGGGAGGCCCUGUCGUCCACUCAAAAAACCAAAAGUAAAACCUCCGCCACCUAAACGAACCUCCUCGCUAAGGGAGACAAGCAGUAGUAGUGUUGACGUUGGAACUGAUACGCAGGCAGAUCAGGAGCAGCCAAAUACAGUCAAAGAACAGGAACUUGCCUUGUCUUCCACUGAUAUGAAGCUAAACUUGGAAAUUGGAGGCGCUCCGGAGCCGUUGCAGACUUCUUGUCUGGUCACACAGCCCAUCGGCACAUGGGUAAUGGGCCUAAGUGAAGCUGUAGAUCUAGUAGAGCCUAUGUCCUUCACCUCAGCAGACACGCACUCUUUUAAGGAUGAAGGUGCUGUGCAAUCUGACUAUGCAGACUUAUGGCUUCACAACACUGACCAAAAGACAAACAAUGGUGAGUAUACCUCAAUGUCGAACUCCAGCACAGCCACUGGCACAACUGUCAUGGAUUGUGUUAAGUCACCUGACAGCUCUUCCUCCUCGACUGAAAAUAAAACCCAGGCACUUCCCCAGAACUCAGAUGUGAGGGCCAGUAGCCCACCUCUUCAACCAGCUGAUUUCAAACUUGGGUCACCUGAAAAACUGGCUGGUCUGGCCUCACCAUCCAGCGGGUAUUCCAGUCAGUCCGAAACUCCAACUUCAACGUUGCCCUCAUCUUCUGCAGCAUUCUUUCCGGGACCUUUGUCACCUUCUACUGGCAAAAGGAAGCCCAAAGUGCCAGAGAGAAAGUCCUCUCUCUCUUCGUUACAGCAUUUUCCUAGAGAUGGAGCUUCAAUUUAUCCUGGCUACAAAAGAGAUCCAGACUUUCCGCCACCUCCCUCACAACUGGAUAUUCAUAUUCUUCAAGGUGGUUAUGUUAGACACACAUUGUGUCACAGAACGCAGCAUAUGAACACACUGCACCAUAGCAAACAGAGAAUUACAAAUGCUUCAGCAACAAAGUUGCUGGUCCCUGAAACGGUUCAUGCCAAUGUUUCCUGUCCAAAUUUGUCAUCAGGAAUUUCAAACACAAGUCUGCAAGUUCCAUCUGCCCAUCGUUUAGGACAACUACAUUCCGUCAGUCAGUCUACAGACAGUUCCAACACUACAGAACUAGAACCAGCAAGUGUAUUAGAGAAUGCCACAAGACGUAAAUGUCCUCCUUGUAGUUCCACUCUGAUGCCACCUCCCAAGAACACUCGGCCUCUCCCUCCACGAAGACCACCCCCAAAACCUCCAGCUCUUGAGCAACGGCCUUCAAAUGAGCCAUCACAACCACCACCUCCCGGUCGCCACCCUGAUGGGCCUCCCUCGUAUGAAAGUCUGCUACUCAGACAAGACCGGUAUGGACCGGGAACAUUUUGGGCAAUGACAGCAUUCAGAAACCGCAUGGACCCGUUAUCAGAACCUUCAGAGGACAGUUCGCCCUUGCACCGGCCAGUGCCAAGAGCGCCCCACCCUUCACCAGUCGAUCUACACACACACAUUCACUCCCACAGAGAGUUCAGAGGGCUUACGAAUUCCACACAUGCACAUACUGAGUUCAGGAUUUUGGGAGAGCGAUCGUUUUCUCAAGAUGAUGAUGAUGAUGACGAAGAUGAAGAAGAAGAAGAACAAGUCAAUGAACUUCCAAGGGCUGCAUGUUCCAGGGGAGGCAUGCGUUCAGAUCAUCCUCCACCUCCUGCUUAUGAGUUUGCUGGGGGAUCCCACUUUGACUCAGGGCCCUGGCCUAGUCCACUCAAAGUGCCUGGUACCUCAAUGGAGACAUCGCAUCCUUACCUAAUCAGCGAUGCAAGGAAAAGAGGACAAGAGGAGUGGGAAGGAGAAGAGGUCAAAUCAGGUGCUACCAGAAGUGCCCAUCAGCAGCAGCUGCAUGAGUAUAAAGACGACUCUACUCCAGACACAGAAGACUACUUCAGUAAAGAUUCCACGCCAAGUGAUAAUUCACUUUCCCCUUUGACUGAAGACACGAAAGUAGACGAGGACAUUAUUUUGACAUCACCAAACAAGUCCAGAACAACCGAGGAUCUGUUCGCCAUGAUACACAGAUCGAAGAGAAAAGUCCUGGGCCGCAAGGAUUCAGGAGAGAUGAAUGCAAAAUCUCGCCUUUGCCCUACAGCGAUGCCCUCUGGUCCGGUUGCCACCACCAUUGUCCCUCCAGCACCAACACUCAAUGUCCUGGCAGCACAAGCCGCUGUUGCUGGAUCACAACGGGCUCCAGUACCAAUCUAUCGCAGCGCUAAGAAAUCCAACACGUCGAAUGAGGAAUUUAAGCUAUUACUAUUAAAGAAAGGCAGCAGGUCUGAUUCUAGCUACCGAAUGUCAGCUACAGAGAUCCUUAAGAGUCCAAUAACCCCUAAAAUGCCUGGAGAUUCUGUUCAGGAGGGUGCCAUCAGACAAGUGGAGGAGCCACCCACCACAGUGCAGGAUCCUCUUAUCUCUGGCUUUGAACCAAUCCAGAUACCAGGCCUAUUUCCUCGAGCAAAUUCUGAAAGUUUCAUACCGAAGACUUUGCCACUAUCAGCUGCAUCUCGACAGGGCCGUUCUCGCAUCCCCCCAGUAGCCAACAGCAGUCGCUACAGUACUCGUAGCCGUCUAUACACUGCUCCCAUGCAAGCCAUUUCUGAAGGGGAGACUGAGAACUCAGAUGGAAGCCCCCAUGAUGACAGAUCCUCCUAGUAUCUACAGAGAUCAUCAUUCUGUUUUGUUGUGACCCUUGAAUAGCUAUCAUGUCAGUGGAGAUAAUCAGUAAAACACUAACAUUUGAAUAACGCAGAAGUUGAACUAUAGUCAAGCUCUUUUGUGGCUGUCAAAAACAGAAGAGGUGAAUAUAUAAAAACAUGGCUGUAUUGUAUUGUAAAGAAAAAAAAGCUCCUGUGCAUUUAAAAGAGCAAAUGUGCAAACUAUUUUGAUGAAAAUUCAUUUUUCUAUGCUAUGAAGAAACUAAUCCAAAUGUUUGGUACUGUAUUAUUAGAAAAUAAUUUUGUUAAAUAUGGACUUGUGUGCAUGCACAUGCACCAUUAACAAAUAUUUCUACUUUGAUGUGUUUUGAGUGGUGUGGGUUUGUCUAUCACACAGUAACGUUUUUCUUAUAAAAUUCUAAAAAAUAUAUAUGAUAAUUAUAACAGUAAAUAUUCCUUCCACUUUUGGUACCCAAAACAUUCAAUCAAUUCCACGGUUCAUACCAAGUGUUCCUGUCAGCAAGUUUGAUUUUUGUGGAAGUCGGCAAAAGCAUUCUCUCAAAUGCUCUGAAUAUUACCAAGAGGCAAACAUAUUUCUUCACAAAUUAUACACAAAAGAUAACAUGAAGCAUGUAUUUUUUAUAAAAUUCCACACACCAUGAUAGAGGUUCUCAAUGUUGCAUGACUGACCACACACACGGAGACAUAUGAACAAUUGUUCUGACAUUGUUAUUUUAUGGGAAUAAUGAAAUAAUUAUGUGAAAGGUUUUAGUGAUAUCCGUGCCCCACAAGUAUUAAGUAUGGAGAUGGAGAGGGUGUGUCUCUGGGUGGGGUCAAAUUGUCAAAAAAGAAAAAAAAGAUACUUGAUAAGACAAUCGCACCACCGUGGGCCCCCCUCAUGAUUUGAGCCAUGUCAAAUAAGAUCCAACAUUUAUUUAAACAUGAGACAAUUGAGCAUGUUUGCAGAGGAUUUCUUCAACGGAGGGCCAGUCAUUCUGCACAUCUAUAAAUCGCAAAGUUGCAUUUCAGGAAUGAUACAAACGUGAAAAAUGCUUUAGAGGGUCAAUUUGGAAAAGCUUUCCAAGAGCUAAUCUCAGUUUUGCACCAAAAGAUUCUUCAAGAAUAAAAAGAAAAUAUAUCAUAUAACAAUGACAAAUGUAUAUUUGUACUGAAUACAAAGUCAUAUAUAUAUAAAUAUAUAUUUAAGAAAAACCAAUGACCAUACAUUUUUAUAGGGAAUCAACCUGUGUGUAGCAAAGCAGAACAGGUCACACUGACAAACAAAUUGAACGUUACUUGUUCUCUCACUCUAGCCUCUCCUUGAUUUGCACUAACCCAGUAGCAUUAGACAGGUGAAAGCUCAACAGCAUUGAUACUAUGAUUAACUAGUGAGGUCUGUGUCUGACAAUUAGAACGGCACAACGCAGUGGAGAGAGAAGCCACCAGCAGUAUUGAAAAUAUAGCAAUCCAAUUGCAGCAGCCUUUUAUAUUUGACACUAGUGUUGGAAUAUGGUGUUCAAUUUUUCUCCAAUGAAUGUAAUGCGUGAAGAUUAUCCAAUGUAUUGUGUUACAGAAGAAACUGAGCAACAGAACAAAGUUUGGACUCUCACCUGCCUAAAACAGAAAGCAACAGAUAUACUUCUUUAAUUCAAAGACUGCAAUUUAGUAUAAAUGAGCCACUGUAUUCUGUGAAUACCUCUGCAAGCAUUUUACUCUUUUGCAAUUAAUGUAAUUAGCAGUCCAUCAGACAGACAGACAGACAGACAGGCAGACAGACAGAUAGAUAGAUAGAUAGCUAGAUAGAUAGAUAGAUAGAUAGAUAGAUAGAUAGAUAGAUAGAUAGAUUGAUUGAUUGAUUGAUAGAUAGACUGGUAGAUAGACUGAUAGAUCGAUGGACACCUUUGUAACUCAGCGAAUCUGGGAUGCAAAAUUGACACUGUGUAAGAUGGAGAAAGAAAAAAAGCUGUGAAACAUUUUACUCAUGUUGCUGACACGCACUUGUUCCUGUCCAUUGUUUUAUUCGUUGUGUUUUCUAUCGCAUGCAAUAAUAAGAAAAAGAGAACACCACCAUAUCAUUAUUUUUGUCAGGCAGACUGAUGAAAAAUAAAAUAUUUUGUAUUUUCUGUUCUCAUGUCAAGUUCAAUAGUGUGUUCUAUAGAUGUACAAACUGUCUGGCUAUUUCUGUUCUGUAUAGUUGUGAUCACAAACAGGGGUUUAUCUUGUACUGUAUAUCUAUUAACAGGACAAUCAUAAGUUUAAGAGACUGUAAAAAAAAAAGUAUUUAUAGAGAACUUUCCGAUAAGGAACCUGAACAUGGCACUGGGUCCUAAUGCCAAAUUAGCUGAGGUGAGGCCAGCUACAAAUCUGUAUUUGAUGAAUCAAUCAAAACAUAAAUGAACAAUUGAGAAAACAGGCAUAUAGACUCUUAAGCUUAAUUGUCAUUUGUUUUACCACUAACUCAUGUCAGAAAAAGACUUUUUUCAUACCAUUAUUAUUAUUAUUGAUUCAAACAAAUUGUUCUAUAGGCUCAAUACUGUAUUACCUGAAAAUAGCAACAUGGCUGUAUAUGAUGUUUCGAUAAUUAAGGAAAAAACAUUUGAUGUAACAGUUUGUUUAGUAUUGCUUUCUCACUGCUCCUGACAAUGGAGUGGGUACAAACAUGGCUGUGGUUUCUUGGCCAGUGGGGAAAACUGUGAACUUGCUACACAAAAACAAAGACAACUUGGAAGUACAACCAAAUAAGAAUCACAAACUGGAUUCUUCAACUUUCUUCAACCUGUGUUCCAAUAGCUAAGCAACAUUUUCCUUCAAAGAAAAAAAAAAUCCACAGUGUGCAGUAUGGAAUAACACUAAACAGAGUUUUAAAUGUGUGUAUGAGAAGGCAAAAAAACAGGUGAACUGUCUAUUUAAGAAGCUCCAUGUUUAGCUAAAACGUAACAGAUUUGAAUCACUUUUGUAUUUUUGUAUAAACAUGUAAAUAGCUUUUUAAAAUAAGAAAAUGUUGAAAACUCUUUCUUUUUUAAAAUAACCCAAUAAAAGAAUAAAAAAAAGUUUGGUUUUUUGUUUGUUUUGCUUUGCUCAUGAUUGUUUUCAAUCUUGUACACUUUGAAACACUGAGUAAUGUUUUUAUUUUUGAAGGCGGAAUAACAUUGUGAAAGCUCCAUGACUACAGUUCAUUUUAACAGCUCAUCAGGUUGCUUAGUAAUUGUGGAUAGAAAAAAAGACAAUAAAUGUGACU